AUGCAAAGAUUAGCAGCAACUGAAGAUUUGACAAGCGUAGAAUGGCGUGACACGAAUUGGUUAGAAAGAGUUGGCGGUUUCCAGAAUCAACAAGUAGUGAUGGAUUAUUUCGCUCUUUCACCAUUUUGGGAUCGACAAUGUAAUAAUCAAGUGUUAGCAAUGCAGACUCAAUAUAAUGACCUAAGGCAGCCUUAUGAAGCUACUGUGCAGGCUCUUCGAAAAAUGACAGGAAUUGAGUUUGCCAUAGUUCAUGAACAACCACCUGUAUGGGUUAUACAAAAGAGAUACCGAAGAGGACCAGCAGAGGAUGAUGUCAAUCCGAUCGCUACAUAUUACAUUAUGGGAGCCAAUGUAUACCAAUCACCUACUAUAUAUUCUGUUAUUGCUAAUAGGCUGUUGACCAGCUUAUUUCAUGUAAAUAGCGCCUUCAAAGAAACACAAAAAAUGAUGACAUUCCAUCCUUCCAAAGGCUAUAAUUGGAAACAAUCAAGCGUAGAUCAACAAAAGAAAUCACCAAACACAGUGUUACGUGCACAGGAAACACUGGCACUAAGACACUGGAUGGAUAGAGCCAUAGAAGUAUCAGCGAUGAAAGUUGCUCAAUCACGACAAGUAAUAGAGCAAGUAGAACAAGAGGAUGUAUCAAAAUCAAAUGCAGAUAUACCUGCAACAAGAGGCAAAAGAUGGAAAGCGUCCAAGAAAACGAAAUGA